GCAAUCUGCUUGUAACAAGCCUUGUUCACCCUAUCGGGAAGAUUAUACGUCGAUGGCCAAGAAUAGUUUAGCAGUGCCAAAAAUAGCAACAGGAUCCGUCGUCGGCAGAACUUCAGCGCCUGGUCGCGGGCCCUAUACACAUGUAAUACGUUGCCCCCAAUUAUCAACGUUGUUGUAAGGGCGUUGAAUCAUCUUGCCGGCGCUGGCGUGCGUUGGUCUAUACAGCGAUAGCCGGCGUAUUCUGGACGGCAACGAUUAAGGCCAGUGGUUAACUCGAGAUCGGCGUUAGUACUGUGCGCCCAUGAGAACGCAGUGUAUUUAACGAUUGCCAGAUGGGCAUGAAUGCUGUAGAAGCGCAAGGAAGUCGGCACCGCAGGCCGGUUGUAACGCAGGUCAGUUCCAUUGCGCUAGUCAUGCUUCACAUAAGCGGCGAGAGAGAUGCACGCCUGAUGACAUGGCUGAAUAGCGUGAACCAGUAUGCGUCUUCAUACUGGUCGUGCAUUAUACAAUUAGCUGCCGACACAAUGAACGAGCUCUCCGUUGCGAGUUAUGUAUGCAAUGCCAAAAACUGCCGACGAUUAUUUUCGGCAUUUUUACAAUUUUUUAUUUUAAGCUUUUGUAGUUAUCUUUAUUUUUGGGAUUUUGAAGCGCCCGUCUAUGUGAUGAAACACGGCGAACAGUACAGUGAUUUUUAAUACAGAUCGAC